UAAUUAGACUGGACAAUUUUAGGUGUCUACAGUAAGAACCUUGCCAAUGUGUUUAUAUGAUUAUUUUACAAUGGAAUAACCUUGACUAGUGUAUGGUCUUUCCCAUAACAUGCUUGUAGUGUUAUUUUUGAGAUAGCUUUUUUUCCAAGAGUGUGGGAUGACCUUUCCAUGGGUGUGUAGGAUUCCAUUACAAAGGGUAUAGCCUUAUCAAUGGUUGUUUGAUCUCAACAAGUGGGUAGGUUUCGAUGACUGCCUUUUUUGGUGGCUCUUGACAAAGACAUUUUGUUAUUUAAAGAAUUCCCAAUUCAAUGAUAGUUGUUCUAAACUUCUAUGUAAAAGUAGUCCAACUUUAAUCAUAUGAGUGUUUUGGGUUCUUACUUGCUUCUCCCUUAGCAAUGUGGGGCAGUAUUCUGUAAGAAUUGCAUGGUUGGGUAGUAAAACCUUCUCUUAUUGCCUUAAAAGGGAGAUUGAAGACCUGAGCCCUUCCAUGGAGUUUGUCAUUCUUUUGCUGAUUUUGUUCUUCUUUAAAAAUUUGAAAAUUAUAGUGUAUUUUAUGCAUCUUGGUAGGCCCUGUAAUAAAUUGGGGAUUUGGAAUACUAUUGGAAUCAAUGUCAUCAUUGUUAAACCUCUAUGUGGAUAAAUCAUAAAAUUGAUAAGUUUAUUCUGUUGUUCACAAGCAUUGCAGUUUCAGGAUAUGCCACUGGAGAAGCAGUCUGUCUGGCAUUUAUCUUGAAAGUGCUAGGAUAUUCUACCUAUUCAAGGCAUUAUCAUUAAAUGUUACCAAUUCUCAAACAAACAAACCAAAACUUAUAGUAUUCAAUAACUAUAGUUUCAAACUUGAAAGUUGGUGGAAGUUUGAGUUCUUAUAGUAAUUCUUUCAUCCUAAAACUAUAUUCUUACUUCUCUGCAAUUUUCCCUUGAUUACACCUUGUGCAGAGAGUUAUUAAUUUGCAAUUUCUCUGUUGAACAGGAAAAGGAACAAAAUGGAUAAUUUCUGGGUCCCAAAUCUGAUUUUUGAGCUGGAUUAUUGAAAUAAUUUUGCAGUAUAAAAUCAAUUAUCAUUUUUUUUCUGUUUGUGAAAAUGUUCUGAACUUUCUUCAUGAUUUUACAAUAUUUUUGUAGUAUAUCCGUGAACCAUAUCUCUGUGACUUUUUCUUAUUUUUCUGGAAGCUUGGCAUGUUUGAUUUAAUGCUAUUAGAUUUCCACGUUUGAUUUAAUUUGAUUUUAGCAAACAUACUUUUGAUGCAUACAAUAGGAAAAUUGUUCUACGAUGCAUUUGAAUUACUUGAUGCAAAUUAUAUUCCAGACUAACUUUUACUCUAAACACUGAAUCUUCAGUACUCAGGAGUCAAUCAGGACGUUAGCUUCUUGGAAGCGCUACAAGGAUGUAUCUAUAUGGGACUCUAGCAUACCAGCUCAUAUAGUCUUCAAUGUAGCUUUUUUUGGCUUGCAAUUCCAUGAUUUUCAGUUGCUCAAAGUUUUCUUCAUUUACUAAUUUAGUACAAGGAUGCAGACAUUAAACAUUCCAAUUAUAGAAAAUUCAGCAUAUUUGCAACCAUAGUUAAAAAAUUUGGGCUUGGCAAAAACUCAACUCCCAAAAUUUUGACUCAAGACUUGAGACUUGGCAAAACAAUAGGAAACAGUAACCUAAAACAAACUUAAACUAGUGCAUGAGACACAUGAAGAAUGAAUUUAGAGAACGCCUAAGUCUCUUUUGUUAACCAUUUUGUCACAAUUCAAAGAAUGACCUUCAAGGCUUCAAACACGCUCAAAAUUCAUGAUUUCGAAGUUCCUGUUGAAAAUAUUAGCUAAGUUCGGAUAUCUGAUUAUCAAACUUUUGAUGUUGUCAAAUGACAAUCAAAAUAUAUAUGUAUUAUCUCAAUUUAUUUGUUAUUGGGCUGGACCCAAAUGUAACGUGGGAAACAACUUUAAGCUAGGCUUAAAUGUAACGUGAAAGGCUAUUGGGCUGGACCCAAGGAUGUCUACCGCCAAAAGGAGGAUAUAUAUAAUCAACUUCAAGAUGAAGUCAAACACAUUCAUUUUGAUAUAGCAAUGCGAUCUGCUCUUCCACACUUAGCGAUCUGCUCUUCUGCACUUAGCAAAUCUGCUGUUCUACACUUUGGCGAACUUCAAAGACAUUGUUGAGCGAAGUUGUCAAGAUUGUCUAUGAUUCUGCUCUAGUCUAUUGGAGUCAUCUUCUGCUGAUCUGCUCCUUUCGUCAUCUAUUGCUGGUUAGGGUUGCAUCCUCUAUCAUCUUGCCAACUUGCUGUUUGGAUAGCAAUCAGAGAUAAGUCUGUUAUGUUGUAAUUGCCUAUCAUUGAGAUAAUACAUUUCAUAGUUUAAGGUUGGGUUUUUCAUCUCCAAGAGGGAGGUUUUCCCAUGGUAUUGGUGUCUUGUGUCUUGUGUUUCAUUACUAUUAUUGUUUAUUCACAGUCUGAUUAUAGUUAAUUGGUUUGUUUAACAUCUGAGCACUUAAAAUUAACAUGGUAUUAGAGCUUUAGGUUCAUUCAAAUAAUCAGAUUAUUAGUUGCUUUUCACUUUCAGUUUGCUGUUUUAGUUUUGCAAGAUGGUUAUAGGUCUGAAAGUAGAGGAUAGUCUUGAAGGUUCCCUCACAUCAUGGAAAGUUCAUGUCCUCCUUGCUCUUGAAGAAUUAGAGCUAUUAUAGUUCGUGGAAGAUACGGAUCUGACUAAACCUUUGGAUCCGGAAGAGUUAAAGCAAUUAAAAAAGAAUGCCCUCAAAGCAAAGAAGUUCCAUAUUGAUUCCGUGAAGGAUCAUCUUGUUCCAGUCAUCUCCAAAUUGAAGACAACCCGAGAGAUGUUCAAACACCUAGAAGGGAUAUAUGAGACCAACAACAUCAACCGGGCACUCACAUUGAGGCAACAACUUCUCCAAGUCAAAAUGUGCAAAGGAGAUUCAGUCAUGUCCUUCUUCAUGAAGAUUUUAGAAUUGAAGGACCAACUCAACGCCAUUGGAAACGAGGUUGUGGACAAGGAUAUUGUCAUGAUUGCAUUGAAUAGUCUUCCCGACUCUUGGGAUCCCUUCAUUCCAAGGAUAAGUGGAAGAGCUGAAUUCCCUUCCUUUGAUCGCCUCUGGUCAGAUUGUAUUCAAGAGGAGUCUCGCCUAGCUGCUAGAGAAAUGCACAAAGGCUCUCAUGGAGGAGAUCAACAUGUGCUUGCAUCUCAACAUGUUAGGAGAAAGGUAAGCCAUUGGAAAAAGAACAAUUUCAAAAGAGAUAGAGACUUCAGACCUCCAGCCUUCGAUUCAAGGAGGAAGCCAAGAGAUCUUUCACGUGUCCGUUGCUUCAGAUGUGACAAGUUUGAACAUUAUGCCAAAGAAUGUUAGAAUUCGCCCAUGCAAGGAGAGGCCAACCUGAAUGAAGUUGCAAACUCAAAAGACAAUGAAGAUUACCUCUUCAUUUCUGCCUUGUCCAGCAAUGUGCCAACCGAUAGCAACACUUGGUUAAUCGACAGUGGUGCAUCUAGACACAUCACGGGAUAUCGAGAGCAUCUCUCAGACUUGAUGGAGAAAGAGUCCAACCUUCAUGUGGUAAUUGGUGAUGAUGCUCAGUAUUCGCUCCUGAAUCUAGCGAGCUAUGGCAUAGAAGGCUCGGUCAUCUUCACUAUCAGGCACUUCCUUCACUUGAAAGGAUGGUUAAAGGUAUGCCUAAACUUAAUCAAUCUCAUGAUGAUGCUUGCAAAGGUUGUGCAUUAGGUAAGAACACCAAAAGUCCAUUUCAUAAAAGUGAAAGUAGAGCUAAAGAAAAACUAGCACUUGUUCAUUUUGAUCUAUGUGGACCUAUGUCUGUUCCUUCACCUAGCGGAUUUCUAUACUAUGUUACAUUUAUAGAUGAUUUUUCUAGAAAGACUUAGAUUUACUUUCUAAAAUCUAAAGAAUCUAAUGAAGUGUUAAGUAGGUUUAAAAAAUUUAAAGCUCUAGCUGAAAAUAUGUCUGGUAAAAGGAUUAAAAUGUUAAGAUUUGACAAUGGAGGUGAAUACACCUCAAGUAGCUUCAAUGACUUUUGCGCAGAAACAUGAAUUAAGAGGGAGUUCUGCGUUCCCUACAAUCCUCAACAAAAUGGUGUAGUUGAACGAAAGAAUAGAACCAUUGUUGAAGCUGCCAAAGCUAUGAUUCACGAUCAGGACCUGCAGAUCUUCUUAUGGGUUGAAGCAUCCAAGACUGCUGUGUACAUUCAGAAUAGAUGUCCUCACCGUGUCCUGAAGAACAUAACUCUCGAGGAAGCCUUCACAGGAGUCAAACCAGAUAUAAGCCACCUAAGGAUCUUUGGAAGUCCUGUCUAUGUUCAUGUGUCAAAGGAAAAGAGGACUAAGUUAGAGCCUUCUGAGAAGAAGGAUAUCCUUGUUGGGUAUAGUGAAUCUUCCAAGGCAUUUCGCAUCUACAUUCCUGGUCAAAGGUACAUUGAGGUAAGUAGGGAUGUCACCUUUGAAGAAAAUAUUGCUUUCAAGAAAUCUAAAGGUUCUCUUAUUGAUAAUGAUAAAGAAGUUAAUGAUAAUCAAGAUAUGGAUAUUAAUACUAACCCUGAGAUUCAGAGGGAGCCUAUUGAGCCUCCUGAACCUAUUGAGCAUGAUGAUCCUCGUGAGCCUCUAGUUUCAACUGAUGGACCUAGAGAUAUUGCAGUUAGCAAGAAAAGACCCCUUUGGGUUAGAAGCACAAUUCAAGAUGCAUAACAGUUUGCAGCUCCUAGUGGCACAUUCAGAGAAAGUAAGAGACCUCAGAAGCUCCCUAACUAUGUUGCAAUGAUUUGCAACAUCAUUGAGGCCGAACUAUCUAGCAUAGAAGAAGCUAUAGACCAGCAAGCAUGAAAGUUAGCUAUGGACGAAGAGUAUCAAUCCAUCAUCAAGAAUGAUGUCUGGGAUAUUGUGCCUAGACCUAAAGGUAAGUCUGUUGUUUCUUCCAAAUGGUUGUUUAAAAUUAAACAUGUUGCUGAUGGUAGUAUAGAGAAAUAUAAAGCUAGAUUUGUAGCUCAUGGUUUUUCUCAAAAGGAAAGCAUAGAUUAUGAAGAAACAUUUGCUCCUGUUGCUAGAUAUACUUCUAUUAGAACUAUUAUAGCUAUUGUUGCAGCCAAAGGUUGGAAAUUACAUCAAAUGGAUGUAAAGACUGCCUUCCUUAAUGGUGUUAUUGAGGAAGAAGUCUAUAUUGAACAACUUGAAGGUUUUGAGAUUCAUAAUAGAGAGACUCAUGUGUGCAGAUUGAAGAAAGCUCUCUAUGGCCUCAAGCAAGCUCCUAGAGCUUGGUAUGAAAGAAUUGAUAAGUACUUAGUUAGUUUAGGAUUUUAUUAGAAUGAUGCUGAUCCUAACAUUUACUUUAAAGUAUUUAAUUGUGAAAUGCUAAUUCUGGUUUUAUAUGUUGAUGAUUUAUUUCUAACUGAUGAAGAUAGUCUCAUCAUUAGGUGUAAGAAAGAAUUAGCUACUGAAUUUGAAAUGAAGGAUCUAGGUCUAAUGCAUUACUUUCUAGGGUUAGAAGUGUGGCAAAGACCUAAUGAAAUUAUUCUAAGUCAAGGUAAAUAUACUAUUGAUAUAUUGAAAAGAUUUGGUAUGAUGGACUGUAAACCUAUGUCUACUCCUAUGGAAACUAACUUGAAGAAGUUGAGUAUUUCUGCAGCUAACUCUGAUUUUGCAGAUCCCUCAGAGUAUAGGCAGUUGAUUGGAUCCUUGAUGUAUCUAGUCAACACUAGACCAGAUAUCUACUAUGCAGCGAGUGCACUUAGCCAAUUCAUGAACCAGCCAAAGCAUGUUCACUUGGUGGCAGCCAAGCACAUUCUAAGAUACUUGGGUGGAACAAUUGGCUAUGGGUUGAAGUAUUCGAUCAACACGACAAUCAACUUGGAAGUCUACACUGAUUCUGAUUGGGUUGGAAGUGUUACUGACAGGAAAAGCACUUCAGGAAUCUGUUUCAGCUUGGGUUCCACUAUGAUCUCUUGGGCCAGUAGGAAACAGUCCUCAGUUGCAUUAAGUAUUGUAGAAGCUGAAUACAUUGCCUCAAGUGUGGCAACUAGAGAAGCAGUUUGGCUUCGCAAGCUUCUUGCUGGGUUGUUUGGACAACCAUGGGAAUCCAUUGUUAUUUAUUGUGAUAACCAGAGUUGUAUUAAAAUGUUUAACAAUCUCGUGUUUCAUGACAGGUCAAAACAUGUGGAAACUCAUUAUCACUAUAUUCGUGAUAUGGCACAAAGAGGUGCUAUCCAGCUGAAAUAUAUCAACACUGAUGAACAGGUUUCUGAUGUUCUCACCAAGCCUCUAGCUCGAGUGAAGUUUGAGUACUUCAGAGAGAAGCUUGGAAUGGUGGAGAACACAACAUUGAUUGUGAGGGAGUCUCAAUCUUAGUGAUGCAAUUCAGGUUGCAUCUUCCACCCUCUGCGGGCAAUGCAAGGUGGAGUCACCCUCUGCGAGCAAUGGAAGGUGACAGUGUGUCUUUCUUUGGGAGAAGGCUGAGGUGGAAAAACCUCUUCCACCCUUUGCGGGCAAUGCAAGGUGGGUCCAUCCUUUGCGGGCAAUGUAAGAUGAACAUCAUGAAAUGAGUUCAUGAUAUUUAUGUGUUUUACUGUAGGUAUAAUCCAUGAAGCUUAUACAUUUACUCUUACGGGCAAUGCAAGAUGAAAGUCAUGAAUGGAUCAUGACAUGUGGCAGCUAUCCUCCCUAGCUAAGAGGGAGUGUUGAAAAUAUUAGCUAAGUUCGGAUAUCUGAUUAUCGAACUUUUGAUGUUGUCAAAUGACAAUCAAAAUAUAUAUGUAUUAUCUCAAUUUAUUUGUUAUUGGGCUGGACCCAAAUGUAACGUGGGAAACAACUUUAAGCUAGGCUUAAAUGUAACGUGAAAGGCUAUUGGGCUGGACCCAAACACUUAACGUGAGAAGAAUGUAUUAUUAUUAAAUAAUGUUGCAAGCAGACCUAAGGAUGUCUACCGCCAAAAGGAGGAUAUAUAUAAUCAACUUCAAGAUGAAGUCAAACACAUUCAUUUUGAUAUAGCAAUGCGAUCUGCUCUUCCACACUUAGCGAUCUGCUCUUCUACACUCAGCGAAUCUGUUGUUCUACACUUUGGCAAACUUCAAAGACAUUGUUGAGCGAAGUUGUCAAGAUCGUCUAUGAUUCUGCUCCAGUCUAUUGGAGUCAUCUUCUGCUGAUCUGCUCCUUUGUUCAUCUACUGCUGGUUAGGGCUGCAUCUUCUAUCAUCUUGCCAACUUGCUGCUUGGACAACAAUCAGAGAUAAGUCUGUUAUGUUGUAAUUGCCUAUCAUUGAGAUAAUACAUUUCAUAGUUUAAGGCUGGGUUUUUCUUCUCCAAGAGGGAGGUUUUCCCAAGGUAUUGGUGUCUUGUGUCUUGUGUUUCAUUACUAUUAUUGUUUAUUCACAGUCUGAUUAUAGUUAAUUGGUUUGUUUAACAUCUGAGCACUUAAAAUUAACACCAAAUAGUGUAUAAUUUUGUAACAGCCAACUACAAUCUGCAGCUUUAUUUUCCCCCUCCUAGUACUAUUACUAUCUUGCCUCGAAGAAGGUAAACCUGAAUCAUAUUAAGUGAAUGAUUCCUUAAGUAUAUCUCAAAUCAUCAAUUAAAUCUUCAGACUGCACUUCCAAUCAGUCAAUAAUCACUUUGCUCUGCUGCAUUUACACCUUAAAAAGAUAUAAAUGAGGGGAAAGAAAAUGCAAACUAAUGCCUAGAAAAAAUGGAUUGCAAAUGUUGCCCUCUUGAAGAGGCCUUGCAAAUUGGUGUUUAAGGUGUUGUACUCUACUGGAGAUGGGCAAGUUCGUCAUCCUUUGCAUUUGUCAUUGGUUAUGCUACUCUUUAAACGACAUAGUGACCAUUCUUUGCAUAUAAUGUGUUGACUAAGUAACUGUGGUCAUCCUAGAUGUUUUCAAGUUCUGAUGUGAAGUUAUUUUUGAUUCCCUAAAUCAGUCCCCUAUUUAUAUGAUUAAAUGUUCCCUCAAACUCAUUCAUGGUUCUUGAACAUUAUCAAUUUCUGCAUUGUAGAAUCUAUCUUCUAGCUUUUACAUUACUGUAGUUUAUGUUCCCUUCUCUUUGGUAAGAAAGGUAAGGUUUUAGAGCCAUCAGGAUCUUCAUCUUUGCACUCUAUCUCCGUAUUAAUAUGAUCCAGUAGGCUUGGAGCAAGUUUGUGACAAUACCUUCAAACCCAGUCAUCAUUUGGGGACCACAACUUUGUAUUGUAGGUCAAAUGAGUCCAUACAAAACCAUAUAAAAGCUUAAGAUGUGUACACAAUGAUCAAAGGGUGCAAAAUUUUGUACAACAAAGUUUGUCCAAAAAAAAAAAACAAUACUAAAAGGCUUGAAAUUGAAAUAUACAAAAUUUAGAAAAUUUAGGAAAAUAUAAAUCUACUCUUUUAAAAUUUCAUGUGAUGACAUAUCCUUUCAACUUGUUGGGGGAAUGCUUGUCCCACGGACUCUGAAAUUCGAAGUUGAAUCAUUUCAUUUUGUAUUAUAAAGUUUUUCAUAUUUUGAGGAAAAUCGCUAUAGAAGAAUUAAUGUCUGAAUCUAAGAAUUAGAGAGAUUUGUUGCAGAACAAAGAGAGUCAAGAGCUUCACAUAUCUUCUCAAAUAUUAUUGUCACUUUUGCAUUGAUUAGGGAGUGUGGUAGUUGUCAUUUUAUGACACCCUUGGUCCAUCGAUGAGAACCGAUUAGAGAUAUGUUCCAUGGACCAACGCUGCCCCAGUUUAUCAAGGAGAAAAGCAAUGGAAUUAUGAAGUGUGAAGUGUUGUCUUGUUAGAAGCAAGUUGCUAAGUCUUCCCAACUUCGGUGACCCAGGUCUUCGAAGUUCCCCCAACUCCGGAACCCCCAGGUUCCCAAGUUCCUAGUUCUUCUACCCCGGAACUCCGAAACCCCCAAGUUCCCAAGUUCCUAAGUCUUCAACCCCGGAACUUCGUAACCCCCAGGUUCCCAAGUUCCUAGUUCUUCUACCCCGAAACUCCAGAACCUCUAGGUUCUCAAGCUCCCAAGUCUUCAACCUCGGAACUCCGGAAC